UCCGUCCUGCUCCCAUGGCCGCCCCCGGCUCCCGGUGCUGCCCCCUCUGCCCCGGGCCGCGCCCGGGGGUCCCGCACUGACGGCCCAUGGCGCCGCCCGCCGCCCGCCUCGCGCUGCUCUCCGCCGCUGCGCUCACUCUGGCCGCCCGGCCCGCGCCCGGUCCCCGCCCCGGCCCCGAGUGCUUCACAGCCAACGGUGCAGAUUACAGGGGAACACAGAGCUGGACAGCACUGCAAGGUGGGAAGCCAUGUCUGUUCUGGAACGAGACUUUCCAGCAUCCGUACAACACGCUGAAGUACCCCAACGGGGAAGGAGGACUGGGCGAGCACAAUUAUUGCAGAAAUCCAGACGGAGAUGUGAGCCCUUGGUGCUACGUGGCCGAGCAUGAGGACGGAGUGUACUGGAAGUACUGUGACAUUCCUGCCUGCCAGAUGCCUGGAAACCUUGGCUGCUACAAGGAUCAUGGAAACCCACCUCCUCUCACGGGCACCAGUAAAACCUCCAACAAGCUCACCAUACAAACCUGUAUCAGCUUUUGUCGGAGUCAGAGAUUCAAGUUUGCUGGGAUGGAGUCAGGCUACGCAUGUUUCUGUGGGAACAAUCCUGACUACUGGAAGCACGGGGAGGCAGCCAGCACCGAGUGCAAUAGUGUCUGCUUCGGGGACCACACACAGCCCUGCGGUGGGGACGGCAGGAUUAUCCUCUUUGACACUCUCGUGGGCGCCUGCGGUGGGAACUACUCAGCCAUGGCAGCCGUGGUCUAUUCCCCUGACUUCCCUGACACCUACGCCACUGGCAGGGUCUGCUACUGGACCAUCCGGGUUCCAGGAGCCUCUCGCAUCCAUUUCAACUUCACCCUGUUUGAUAUCAGGGACUCUGCAGACAUGGUGGAGCUGCUGGACGGCUACACCCACCGCGUCCUGGUCCGGCUCAGUGGGAGGAGCCGCCCACCUCUGUCCUUCAACGUCUCUCUGGAUUUUGUCAUUUUGUAUUUCUUCUCUGAUCGCAUCAACCAGGCCCAGGGAUUUGCUGUAUUGUACCAAGCCACCAAGGAGGGACCGCCACAGGAGAGACCUACUGUCAACCAGACCCUGGCAGAGGUGAUCACCGAGCAAGCCAACCUGAGUGUCAGCGCUGCCCACUCCUCCAAAGUCCUCUAUGUCAUCACCCCCAGCCCCAGCCACCCUCCGCAGACCGCCCCAGGUAGCCAUUCCUGGGCACCGUCGGUUGGGGCCAGCAGCCACAGAGUGGAAGGGUGGACUGUGUACGGCCUGGCAACCCUCCUCAUCCUCACGGCCACGGCCGUUGUUGCAAAGAUCCUUCUGCAUGUCACAUUUAAAUCUCAUCGAGUUCCUGCUUCAGGAGACCUUAGGGACUGUCGUCAGCCUGGGGCUUCUGGGGAAAUCUGGACCAUUUUCUAUGAACCUUCCACUACAAUCUCCAUCUUUAAGAAGAAGCUCAAGGGUCAGAGUCAACAAGAUGACCGCAAUCCCCUCGUGAGUGACUGAAGCCCGACGCCUGCAUGAGAGGCUCUGCUCCAAGCUCGAGUUUGCUCCCCCUGAGUUUCCCUCUGAUGAGUUCCCUGCCUCUCCAUUCACCUCCAUCUCUUUUGGGGGAACCUUGUUUUAGAGGCAGCUGGGCCUGGGACCCUCCAUCACAUGUACCAGCCUGGCUGCUCUGAGCUUUGUCUCCGAGAGCUGGGGAUGGUAAGUCUGGGCCCGGGCUGACAGGACACAGCUGGGCCUGACUCCGGAAGACUUGGGUGGUGGGGACGUGUAGUGUAGGAUGGGUUUUCUUGCUUCUUCUCUACUUUGUCCACAUACAGAUCAGUUUCCCCUGGUCUUUACAGUUUGCAAUAGAGCCAGACUGAAAGAAUUGUCAGGUUUUCUUAGUCUGGCCUGGUUCCCCACCGAGAGUGGCAUUGGCACCCUAGAGGCCCAGAGGCCUGGUGUAGUCUUGGAGCUUUCUCUGCUGCCAACUACCAUGUGUCAUCUAGUCCAACAGGACUGAGAGCAAGGCCACACCAGAUGUCGUCUUUCUAGAGGGUUCUUUUCAGUACCCACUGACCAAUGGGGCAAGCCUAAGGAUUGGUCCAUCUGUCUGUCCAUGGAACAGACACAGUGAACUUCCUGUAUACUAGACUUAACUUGCCUAGCCCUCGAGUAGUUCCCAAUCCUGUGGAAUCUGAAUUCAGCCUGUCUUUCUGUCCUCAGCCAAAGCCUACUUCAGAGGAGUUUAAAGACUGUAGCCUAGAGCUGGGACUGUAACUCAGUGAUUAAGAGCUUGCCUUGUAUACGUCAGGCCCUAGGUUCUAUCCCGGCACUGUCAACAGGUGGAAGAGAAAAAGACUAUAGCAUAGCAUAUGGACAGCAUCUGUGGUUCCUACGCGAGGUGUCUCAUUUUAAAAGCAGAUCAAAACUACCGAGAGCUUUGUCCUUGGUCCCUUAUCAUGGGAGCAGAGUGGUUAGGAGUAAGGGCUCUUGUCUUGCCCAUUGUCCCUCAGACAGGGAGGCAGGGAAAGGCCAGGCUUGGGAACUGGAGAUCCCCCCAGGACAAGCUGCAAGAUUGAGAGUCCCAGCUGCAGUUGGGAGAGGAAGGGCCAUCCCCGGCUGAGAAGUCCUGCAGUCUGGAAGUGGCCUUUGUCAGCAGCAGCUGAGAGGAACAGCCUGUGCCCUCAGGGUGGACCUUGGUCACUGUCCUGCCAGCCCUAGAGCCUCUGCUCUCCUGAGUGCCCUCCUGGCACACCAUGCUAACCUUCCCUGAGUGUCUCAGCCAUUGCCGUUGAGGCCUUUCAUAGGGUUUGGGUAUCUCACCUGUGGCUGCUGUCCCCCAGGACUGUCUGGGACCGUCUGGGGACCAUCCUCAGGGAGAGGCAGUAGGAGUACAGAUGAGGCAGUGACCUGAGCUGAUGAGGCAACCAGAGGGACACUGUGUCUCUACAGUGGGCUGGGAGCUGGCCCAGCUCCUAUAGGAGGCCUGCAGGGGUACAGAGCUUGGGGUUGUCAUCUCAUUUGAUCUGGGAAAGGCUACAGGCUCCUGGGCGUGGACAGGCCCACUACAUACGAAGGCCACUGGAAAUAGACUGACAGGAGCAGGUUCCACUCUAGGCUGUCCAUGGCAUCUGCAGGACUCCCCUGAGACCAAGUGUUGAGUCACAGAGUACCAUGUGCAUAGUACAUAGAGGAUAUGGGCUCUUUCCCAGGGAAGACUCACAGUGGGCCAGGACAUUUUUUCAGCUCAGAGUGCUGGCCCCAGGCGUCCUCUAAGCCAUCACUCACCUGUCUCUUCCUAUCUUGGACACAGGAAGCAAGCCCCAGUGUGGUGGCAGCUGCAGCUCAGCAUUGGUGUCCCCAGGAAGGGCAGUGGUGUGCCCACGCUCCUUUUGCUGUGGGUCUGGCACAGCCCAACACUGCAGGACCUACUUCCUCUCUUGGGGGGUGGGGGACACGCAAGGAAAACUAACCCACCUCCAACAACAGCAGGGGACAGUGAAGGGAAGGAAGCGCUGUAAGUCACCCAGGCCAGACCUCCAGAAAUGACAGUCACAGUCUGUUAGAACCUGAAGGCGGCCAGUUACAGAGGCCUGGGUGCUGGUAAUACCCUGCCUGAGCACAGGGCUAAACCAAGGGAGAAGAGCGGCCCUCAGAGACACCAGCUAGAGACGUAGGUGCCCUCUGUCCUCCCCUUCCUGUCACACUGCUUACAAAGUAGGAAAGAAGUCUUCAUCCUCCCCCAUGUCAGCAAGGAUGGGCUGCGGCCGCCUAAAGUAAGCAAGGAGACCAGAGCUCUGGACUUCUCUAAAUGUGGGCUCUGGCUUCAGACUCCUCAGCCAAAAGCUCUUGAAGAUCAAAGCUCUGGCGGGUACAGCUGUCCUGGCCUCUGGGCCAGCCCAUGGGAUGUGCCUGGGCCAGGUGCCACCCCACAGCUCACUGUCAUCCCAGGAGGGACCCCACCUGAUGUGCUUCAUCAUCCGCUGGCCUGACACUAUCAGAGCUCAAGCAGGCUGUUGCCAGGGACAGUCCACACUUGACCUUCAAGAGCACUUAGAAGUGGAUGGCCUCCCAGGCUCUGUCAGCCUCUGCAAGGGCCACACAGGUCUCCAGAGCCAAGUCUUCAAGCCUCCAUGGUUCCCUGGCUCCUCUCCUGUGGAGUCUUCUGUUUGAUGUCUGAGGUCUACUUUGGGUACCGCCCUGGGAACUGCUAACCUCUGAUUGGUCCCUUUAUGUCUCUGUUUACUGUCCUCUUCUACCUCCAGGUCACUCAGCUCUGGCUGCUCUGACUGAGGGGGGAGGGGGCUGCCGGCUGCACCCCACCCUGGUCUGCCAACAGAACCUGGGGGCCUCACACGGGCUCCUGUCUUGCCAAGCUGGAGCUGAACACUGGCCGAGGCUGAGCGGGGCAGGGCAGACAAGUGGGAGGGGACCUCACCUCAGAGGGAGGUGUCCGAAGGUGUAGAACCAGUGCAGGAGCUGCCAUCCCCGCCACCUUCCAGCACCAAGACCUUCCCGUUUCCAAUCUCACCCUCCAGCAGGGAUAUGACUUUGGACAACAAGGCUUUAUUUGUAAAUAUGCUCUUAAUAUGCAACUUUGAGAAUAAAAUAGAAACAUCAUGUAUUUUAAAAUAUAAAAUGAAGUGUGACACACUGUAUACAAUUUAAUAUAUAUUUUUAGGAUUUUGUUAUUUAAGUAAAUGGAAUGUGAUGGUACUUAACUUUUACAAAAGAGAGAAAAUGUUAUUUUUACUGUUUGAAGAAAAUAAAUAUUCUCAUUGUUGUAGAAUCCA